AUGGCUAUUACUACUGAUAAUCAAGAAUUUUACAAAAUAUUAAAUGAUGACAAUUUGCUAUCUGAAUUCGUUCGCGACCAAAAUUCGGCUCAGAAAAGUGAAGAUCAUACAUGUCAUUGUGGAUCCUCGAUGGUUGAUGGUGCAAGAAAGAAGAAACUGGAAGAUGGUACUGUGAAGGUCUAUCCAACUAUGCGAUGUACUAAUCGACAAUGUCGAAAUCAAUUAAGUGUUCGCAAAAACACAUUUUUCUCAUUUACUGAUGAACAAAAAUUCCCAAAUGUUCACAAUGGUCUUGUUCAAUAUUCAAGUUCCAGUUCGAGUGAUGAUUCGGAUUCCAGCAGUGAUCAAACUCAGGCAAAUAACAAUAGAAAUUAUGGAGACAGACUAGAUGGUCCCUGGAUAUUUGGAAUCGCACAACCAACGGCAGAGGGGUACGAGGCACGUUUUUUCCAUGUGCAGCGGUGUGAUGCAGCUACGUUGCUUCCAAUUAUUUGGAAAAACGUUUAUCCUGGAACUACUAUAUGGUCGGACGAAUGGAAAGCUUAUUCACGCCUGCAAACAACGUAUGGUUACGACCAUCAGACAGUAAAUCAUUCUCAAAAUUUUAUUGAUCCACAUACCGGCUGCCACACACAACUUAUUGAAACAUUGUGGGGCUGCGAAAACAAAAAUUUUAAGAACUAUGCGAGGAACCACUUUAUUAGACUCACAUCUGGCCGAAUUCUGGUAUCGUUCUGUACAUAA